UACUGACGUAAAACUGGGAGAGGGUUUGUUUUGUUUGUGGCUAGUGGCUACCAUUUUUCCUCGUGGACGAAGCCAUACCACAGGCAAAAGGGGUUAGUUAUUAGUAUAUUUGGCCAUACUAGCUUAAUACCCACCUUUCAGUCGCCUGAAAAUGUCUACAUUACAGAUGUUGCGCGUGUUCUUAAAUGAGCGUUUAACAGCGGCUGCUGUGGAGAUUUUCGGGGCAGUUGAGAAAACGGUAACCGAGUACCAGGAGGAGAAUGAUAAUCUGCGGAGACUGCUGCGGAUAACCCCGGACAUAAACCAAUGUAGAAAAGCGUCCCUUCAGUUAUCUGUUGCUGUCACUGAAGACGAGGUUCCCCCUAAGCAGCAGCACUCUGAGCAGGAGUGGAGAACCAGUCUGCAGCAGGAGGACCUAGAACCCACACAGAUUAAAGAGGAACAGGAGGAACUCUGGACCUGUCAGGAGGAAGAUUUCAGUGUGUUCAAAUUACCUCGUGUGAAAAGUAAAUGUGAUCAGGAAAACCCUCAGUCCUUUUCUCUUCCCCAAACCCAGACAGUGGAGAACAGAGACAGUAACUCUAAACCAGUGGACCUCCCACAUUUUGUCACUGUUACCCAUCUAGAGGGUCUCGACAUUCCCUGUGACCCUCCAGAUAAUCAAAACUAUAGCCACAGCUCAUCUGUAAGCAGUGACCUAGUAGGAUUUAGGCUGCUGUCACCAUUCCAUCACAGCCCACCACUGGAUCCCAACCUAUCAAUGGGGGAACACUGUCCCAAACCCAGCACCACGUCUAGAAAAACUCUCCGCUGCUGUGACUGUGGUGAAACGUUUGCUCUGACAGCUGACCUGCAGGAGCAUGUGACUCUCACCAAGAGACCCAGCGAAUGCCACCUCUGCAAAAAACGCUACAACUCCACCUGUAAAUUGAAGGCUCAUGUCAGAUUCUGUCAUGUGGAGAGACCCUGCACCUGCCCCUUUUGUGGAAAGACCUUCAAACUCAAAGGACAUCUUUCCAGGCAUAUGAGGAUUCACACAGGAGAGAAACCAUUUGGCUGUGGUGACUGUGGGAAAAGCUUCAUUCAGAAGGGGGACUUAAUGAGACACAUACUUACUCACACAGGAGAGAAACCAUUUAGCUGUAAAGACUGUGGGAAAAGUUUCAAUCGGAAGGGAAACCUAACUGAACACAUACGGACUUGCACAUACUGAGUUACACAGGAAAGAAAGUUCCCAAAGAAACAAAGUAAUUCGGACAAAGACAUCUUGUCAGAUGGACGACACUCUUUGGAAAAGCAAAGCAACUCUGGCUACUUCAUUCUGUGGGUUUCAGAUAAAUCAAUGUCAUGAAUUUACUUUUGCACAACAUAUGUAAAGGUUUGAUUUGAUCCAACAAUAGAGUAAUUACAUUCAUGGUCUGCUGUUCAAAGUCUCUUGAUGUAUUCACGUCAUUAUAGACAGGAAUUCCUUGUAGUUUGUUUUGGAAUGUCUCGAAUAGUCCCAAGAAAUUGUCCUUGCAUUCGUCAGAUUUUUUUCCAAAUCUAUAAACCUGAUCUAUGGUCAAAUGUGGUUCCCCUCAUGGUUAUGAGUAGGAUUUGUGGAGCCAGUGGAGGGUAAACCGAUCCUGAAACUGAUCCUGAGAGGGCAGCACUUACCAUGGGAGGGCAGCAGGCAAUGAGUUGGAAGUUGGAAUAAUAAAAAACGAUUUAUUGCUUAAGAGAAUCAUUUUUAUUUUCUCGAAAUAAAAUGCAUUGAAACAUUGACAAACACAUUAGUCCUUCACAAAGUCACAGAACCUCAAGGAAUUAUUACGUAUUAAAACAAGCUGCCGUAAUUUGAACUCCACAAUGUCAAAAUGCCCAACCCCAUUUCAACAAAAGUGUUGACAUUACAAGGGGGUGUCCAUUUUAAAAUAAAUGACAGAACUUUACAAAAGAGGGGUAAGAUCCCACAUCUUUCAGUACUAGUGAUUCCCAGACAUGCUCCAUUGGGUGCGAGUUCUGUAACUUUGCAUGAUAUUGUCAUUUGCUAGUGUCAUUUCUACACCAGCUCGAUGUGAAUGUUUGAUCAGUUACGUAAAUGUACCAAGCGUGUUCAUGGAAGCGCUGGCACUGAACACAGUCUAUUCACUUCAUAUCCCCUGAUAACUAUUGAAAAGAUCUUUAAGAAAUGCAGGCAAAACGUCAGGCAAAACGUCUACAAGUAUAGUGCCCACAGAAGUUCAACUGUCACAUCUUGGGGGAAUUUAAAUAAACCAUUACAUCUACAACCAUUAACCUUCAUUAUCUAAAACAAUAUCUGCUUUAAAUCUAUAAAUAAUGUCACCUAUUUUUCAUUUACCAUACUUUAUAUUCUCUACAGUACAAAAUAAAAAUCCAGUGGGUUCCCUUCAUUGUAAUAAAUGGUCUGAGUCUCCCCUUUCAGUAAUAAUAUACACUAACGGUAUACAAAACACUACAGCGAGGAGACAUUUAAAAUACACAAGAUAAAGUCCUGCUUUGACCGAUGCAUUCUGCGCGUCCCUUUGGGAUUGUGGAGUAGAAGUGGCAGAGCCCUCAAAUUGGAAUGUACCAAACUGCCUUAGAAAAUGGCAGCCACUUGGCUACACAUAGAAACAGCUUGAAAAAGACUGGAGAACCUAGCUACCAUUUAUAUAAAAAAAGGGCCCUUGCUUGCUGUGCCUACGGUGGAAAAGAGUUUGAUUUCCAGAUACAUAUAGUAUCUACUAGCCCUGGCCUCACAGCAGAGUGUGGUUGUAUCAAUUGUCGAGUCCAUCCCCUAUGGUACAUGAAGGAGUGUGUCUCAGCGUUCACAGAUCAUCUCAAACCCUGUUGGGACAACCACCUGUUUCUGUCCACCCAUGGUCAUUGUCCCCACACACAGUGGACGGUCCUUAGGGCUCGAAGUUCAACCACAAAUCCUGUUGGAUUUGUUUCUGCUGAAUAGAUGACACUCCUGUUGGAAAAGUCAACUUCAGUGAGGCGCAAUGCAAGUUCAUAUUUGAACACAAGUAGCCUAGUAGUAAAGACGGUGUUUGACUCACGUACCUUCAGUUUGAAACCUGAUCUGACAUGGAGCAAAGAACAACUAUUUUCAAAGGCUCUAUAUUCCAUAUUAUAGGCUUAAACGGACAUACUCAUUUACUAUAUUCACAAUCCACUGAGGUAAUUCAAAUUGUUUUCUUCAUAUGCAGUACCUUUCCAUCCAGACACACAUAACAUACAUGUCCACAUCCACAACGUUAACUCUGUACCACCAUCAGUCAAAUAUAGUUAAUGACUAAACCCCCAAAAAACCCAUGACUGGUCCCAAAUCUGUUUGUGUCGUCUUGGCAACUCCUAUGGUUUUCGUCACACCAGACGACCAUAGGAGUUGGGCAGAUGGUCGGCACAAACAGAUCUGGGACCAGGCUAGGACCCAGCAGCCUCACAGAAGAACCGGUUAUAUCCCCAGAGUAAUCUACUCAAGAGUGUCGUCUUACACUCUGACCCUCUUCAAUCACCUAUUCAUUCCUCCAUUACCUCAUAUCAAUGUCAUGACCACUCCCACCCCCAUUAUGACAUCAUCUGUAGCCACAGAAACAAGACCAAACGUGAGGAAAACCGCCCAGGAUACGGGGCCAAGUCUUCAGAACAAAGACAUGACGGUGGUUCUGAAAACAAACAAAAAUAAAACGAUAUUUCCAGUGACCAUCAGAGUCAGCAGUAGCAUGCAACAGAAACAGUCCAUUUUAUUAGCACCCAGGUGUAUUUCACUAAGCUGGAUCCCAAAAUACCACCCUGAAAAAUGGUGGCAUUCAUCAGAGUCGAUAAAUAACCUUAUUCUAACACACACGGCCAACCAGUGUUUUACCUGAGCUGGUGGAAGGCCUCUGGUUUGAUGUCAGAGAAACAGUUACUUGGCCCAUAGAAGUAGAACCCCUAGACAGGAUAAAGGCCCUCAGCAAUUUGAAUGAGGAUCCCAUGACCGUUCUAGGGAUUCUAUUUCUAUGAUUUGUUGCUCUAGAGUAAAUCAAAACGGUUUGAAGCACAAAGCAAAGCAGGCAUUGAGUGAGUGACAGGUUCAGGGUAAUCAUUAUAGGAUGCUGGUCUAGUCAAGUGCAGUUUGUCAUCAGUAAUUCAGACCAAUAGUCAGUUAAACAUCUAUACUAAUCAACAUCUUCAGUGGAAACUAAACCACCAAGGACCCCAACCUGAACAUAUUGCAUGUGUGUGAUGAAUCCAGUCGUUUCGGCUUCAGUAAAAUAGACCAUGGCUAACAAGCGGCCACUAUUCUACCCAAAUAGCUGGUCCAGAAGCUUCAGUCAACCAGCCUAAUCAAGG